ACUGCCGUCCUCCUCUCAAAGCCCAAAGUGAAUCUCUCUGCACUGCCCACCUUUUCUCUCAGUCAUACACUCUCCCCCUCUCUCUAACACACCUCUCCUCUUCCCUCUCCGAAACCCUCCAGGUUUCUUUUCCUCUCAAGCCGCCUUUUGCAAGGAGCAGUUGACCAGCAUUGCAGAGAGGCUCUCAGGAAACAGAAGACCAAGCAACAGAAGGGGCAAGUGGACAGACAAAACCAAUACGUCUAGACCAGAGGUGUCAGUAUGUGCUGUGUGAACUUCCUGUUGGUGUGGAGCUGUCUCCUGGUCCUGCACCCUGCAGUAUGGGGUGCCCCGAGCCAGUGCCCCAGCCAGUGCCACUGCCAUGGCGACCUGCAGCACGUCAUCUGUGACAACGUGGGGUUGAAGAAGAUCCCACGGGUGUCCGAGGCCACGCGGCUGCUGAACCUCCAGAGGAACAACCUGGGCAGCCUUCCCAUGGGCUCCUUCAACGACAUGAAGGGGCUCAUCUCCCUGCACUUGCAGCACUGCCAGAUCCGAGAGAUCGGUGGCCAGGCCUUCAAGGGGCUCAAGAAGCUCAUCUACCUCUACCUGUCCAACAAUGAGAUCAGCAACAUCAAGCCAGGUGCCUUUGAGGACCUCGGUGAGCUCACCUACCUCUACCUGGAUGGCAACCGCAUCAGUGACCUGCCCAAGGGCAUCUUCUCACCCAUGAUAAACCUCUUCAUUCUGCAACUGAACGACAACAAGCUGCGUGACCUGCGUCCGGGGACCUUCACCGGAGCCAAGGAUCUGCGCUGGCUGCACAUGAGCGGGAACGAGCUGAGCUCGCUGCAGCCAGGCUCUCUGGACGAUGUGGAGAACCUGGCCAUCCUGCACCUGGACGGGAACAAGCUGUCCACGUACCCCUCUGCAGCCAUGAGCAAGCUCCGAGUGGUGGAAGAGCUCACCCUGGCUAGGAACCCCCUCCGCAACAUCCCCGACAACGCCUUCCAGAGCUUCGGACGCUACAUGGAGAAGCUGCAUCUGGACAACAUGGGCUUGGAGAAGUUCUCUGAGGGUGCUUUCAGCGGAGUGACAGCCAUCAAAUCUCUGAACCUGGACAACAACAAGCUCAAGAAUCUCCCUAAAAGCCUGGAGUUUGUCACCAUCACCAACCUUACUAUCUCCAACAACCCCUGGGGCUGCACCUGCCAGCUGGCUCCUCUGCGCAGGUGGAUGGACUCUAGCCGCCAACGCCCAGAUGCACUGUGUGCUUCUCCUUCCCACCAAAGAGGCAAGCAAAUUCGAGACAGCUCUGCCUUCAGCAGCUGCAAAGUCAAGACAAAGAGAGACAAGAAGGGGACACGCCAUUAAACAGGAGAUCUGACCUAGGAGGGGAGAUGCUAUGGGAUGCCUGUCCAGGUGACAGGAUGAUGCGGAGCAAGCAGAGGAAGACAGCAAUGCUAACUGUUACUUCAAGACUGUCCAUCUAAUCACUUGCCAAAUAAGAUGCAUUCAUAAACACACACAAAUAACAGCACAUAUACUGUUUAUAAAUAUAUAUGUAUAAACAUAAGACAUAAAUUACAACAAAAUAUAUUUUAUCAAUAAAAACACACAAUUAUCUUAUCUCUCCACAGCUGAGAAAUUUGUCAAGUUUCCCACAAUCAACACUCCUCUAUCAUUGCUGUGUCAAUUUUACACCCUCAACUCUCAGGAUCCAACAAUAUGCUGCCAUGACAACAACCCCCCCCACCCACCCACCCACAUACAAACCUAA